CCCGCCCAAACUCUUUCCCUCUCUCGUUGUUUUAGGUCAUUCGUGGAGGAGCCGGAGGCUGGAUCUAGGCGCUCGCAGGGACUCAGGGAUCGCGUAGCUUCCAGGCUUGGAAAUCCAGGGUCUCAGUCGAUUUUCUAGGGUAGAGCACUGUGCGGGGGGAUCUUCGUUGAUGCGGCUACGAUAUUCAUGCUGGAGACCACGGAUUCUUCGCCGGCUCUGAGCCAAGACACUACUCGGGAGCAGCAGGAGCCAGUCGAAUCAGGAAAAAGGACGAGGCAAUGGGCAGCGUGGACUCAUGAAGAAGAGGAAAAGUUUUUUUCCGCGUUACGACAAGUUGGCAAGGAUUUCGAGAAAAUCACAUCUCAAGUUGUGAGCAAAAAUAAGGAUCAGGUCCGGCAUUACUACUAUCGCUUGAUUAAGCGCAUGAACAAGUUCCUGCGAUCAGAUCUUCUGAUAGAUGCGAGGAACUCCAAAGAUGUAGAUUCGGCGAUGUUGUGCUGGUGGUCGCUUUUGGAGAAGUUUAAGUGCUCGUCUUCUAAGCUUCAUUUGAAGCCUCGGCGUUUGAAGGCUAUUGCGACUGCUUUGGAGCAACAUCGUCUGAAGGAUAGGAAGAAAGCUAAAAAGAAGGUUAAAGCUCCCUCAACAAGCACGGACAAACCUGCCAGUGUUGUUGCUGGUGAAGUCAAGAAAAGAUCGUCCACGAGAGCUCCAGUGAGGCCUCAAGUUAAAGCAGCUAGUGAUAGCGUCUGGAGCCCCCUGAAUCCGAGCUAAAUAGCAAGAUCAUUGAAGGUGGAAAGCCGGAAGAAAAUAA